GCGAACUAAAAAGACGACUUUAAAAAGGAAAAUAUUAAUAAAAAAAACUUUAAAGAAAAGUGUGCUAAAAUUAAAAAAAAAUUUAUAAAUUGUGUGAAAAUUUACUUUUAUACCUUAACUCAUAAGAACACCUGUAAAAACAAGUUAAAGGCAAAACUUGAAAUGCUUGUGAUUUAUUGUUUAUACAACUAGAAAUUGCAUAAAUUUGCAUUUAAUUUUAAAGGACAUUGACCAUGUUAUACGACUCCUGUUAGAGAGCAGGGUCAUUGUGUAUACUUCAAGUGAAGUGUGAAUAGUUUGCUUAAGAAAGUUUCGAGGAAAAAUGAAAAAAAUCAAUUGAAAAGAAAAAUUAAUAGAAAAACCUAAAUUGACAGCAAAGUGACUAUUACAAGGAAGGAAAUUCCUAAUAAAACGUGUAACACUUAAUGUUAAAUAAUAAAUAUAAAUUAUUUCCUGUUUUCUCUGUUCCUUUCUAUUUCGUAUUUGUAUGCAAUUUAUAUGGUGAAAUACUAAACGUAAAGUACAUUGUGUUUGAAACAUAAUUUUAUAUAUUACAUGACAAAGAUAUAAAUUUUUAAUAAAAUGUGAUUAAUUUUAAAAUAAACAACAACAAGUUAUAAAUAAUUGAAAUUAUAAUGUGCUUUAUAAAUGAGUGUUUUUUAUGUUGUGGAAAAAAUACAGAUAAAUUAUACUAAAGCACGAUUUUAUUUUAAAUAAAACAAAAAGAAAAAAGCACAAAAAAGGCAACAGUCUGUGUUAACUACAACGAAAAAAGAGGAAAAUUACUAUAAAUACUGUGCAAAUAGUCUAUGGAUUUUCCAAUGUAUGGUCUAAUACUGGUCAAUAAUUUGGGACACAACAUUAAUAAUAAUAUUUUUAUAUAUAUUUUAUUAAUAAAGUGAAACAAAUAAAAACGUAAAUAAUAAAACUAAAGGAAACUAAAUCAUCAUGCCACCAAAACGUAGACGCAGAUUUCAAGGUUUAUAUUACCAUUCCUCACCACCAAAGGUUUUACCCAUGAAUGGUCAAGUAGCAAAUACUAAUGGCCGCCGAAGGCGUGAUCCUGAUGAUCUUUCAGUUAAAUUAUCUACUAUACGAAUAUGGAUGCAUGAAAAGGAUAUUGGCAAACUAACUCGAGUACUAUGGGCCGGACAGGGUAAUCGUUUGAGACAGCAGGCCAGCACAAAUCCCAAAGUAAAGAGGUUUCUAACAGCAGUACCAUAUGUGAUGAACUCCAUUAAAGAUGUUCAUCAAGCGGUAAUCGACAACAGUUUAGAAACUUUACAAGCUAAUUUGGAACCACCCGUACCGCCGGCUUUAGUGACUUGUCGUGAUGCGAAUGGUUUAAAUCUCAUACACAAGGCAGCCGGUCUGGGUCACGCUACAAUUUUGGAAUAUUUAAUAACCACCUGGCCCGAUGGUGUACACGAGACAGAUAUAACGGGUAAAACCCCUUUGCAUUGGGCUGCCAGUGCCAAAAAUAAUAUGCGCUGUUAUACACUGCUCACGCAAGCUGGUUGUGAUGAAGAGGCCGUUGACUAUAAAAUGAAAACACCUUCAUUUUAUCGUCAUAAACCUCAUGAAAUUGAACGUGCUUUUUUGACGUAUGUACCGGAAGCGCCGCGUGUGUCACCGGAUGUUGCCACAGAUUGGGAGGCUUUAAGCGAUGAUAGUGGUGACGGCAAGAAAUUAGAUAUUAAAAUACCCGAAAUGAAUGGUUUCGGUAGACAUUCCAAUGCUGAAAGCAAUACUUCGGAGGCCGAAAUGACAGAAGCAAAUGAACAAGAUGAUCACGAGACGAACCUUGCUGAUGAGGAUGAAGUGGAAACCAAGGAUACACAAGAGGAAACAGAAGAACAACCACCUGAAGAAAAAGAAGAAGAUAAGGAGGAAGCUGAAAAUAAAGAGGAAAAUGAGGAUCAAAGGGAAGAAGAGGAAAAAGAGCCAGAAGGCGAAAAAGAACCACAAGAUGAGAAACAACAAACUCAAACUGUUAACGAAACAACUGCAAAUUUAACAAAGGACUCAGAAGCUGAUGAUGACGAGGAACUUGAAAGCAAAACUGAAAAGGAACAGAACGGUAUUGAAAACGAUAAAGAAAAUGACAGCGAAGAUCUUAAAAUGAGUAAUGAGAAAGAUGCUCAAGAGAGUUUAGAAAAAGUUGAGAUUGAAACUGUUGCUGUAGCUGAAAAACCAGUUGAAAAAGAAAGUGAUGAAAAUAAUAAAGAGAAAGAUGAGAAAAAGAAUGAGCCAGACAGUGAGGAUCAUAAGGAAGCUUUAAAUGGGAAAACAAAUGAGCAAGAAAUUGAAGAUUUAGGUGAGAAAAUUACUGAGCAAGAACUUGACGAAAAGAGUGAAGCUAGUUCCGAUGAGAAGAAAAGUGAACAAGAAAAUAGUGAAGCUAGUUCCGAUGAGAAGAAAAAUGGACAGGAGAAGAGUGAAGCUAGUUUCGAUGAGAAGAAAAGUGAGCAAGAGAAGAGUAAAGAUAGUUCCGAUGAGAAGAAAAGCGAGCAAGAGAAGAGUAAAGAUAGUUCCGAUGAGAAAACUAAUGAGCAAGAAAAAAGUGAAGCUAGUUUCGAUGAGAAGAAAAGUGAGCAAGAGAAGAGUGAAGAUAGUUCCGAUGAGAAAACUAAAGAGCAAGAAAAGAGUGACGCCAGUUCGGAUGAAAAGCAAGUGAACAAGAUAAGGACGAAAAGAGUAGAGGAACUUUAUAAGGAACAAAAAUCUGAAGAAAAGGACGUCACAAAGGAUGAAGAGAAAGCUGGAAUAGAAACUAAACCAGACAGUAAGUUACUUGCUGAACCAGAACUUAAAGAAAAUGAGUUAAAGGACAAAGAAGAAGAGAAAAAGAAUGAAAGUGAUGACGAGGAAGAAGACUCUAAAACCAUAGGAGAAGCUUUGACAGAUAUCAAGGAUGAAGUAAAAGAUAAUGUCAAAUAUUUGGCUAAUCAGAUUAAGAGUGUGUUUAGCGGUAAAGAUGAAGAGAAAGAGAAAGAUAAAGAAAAUGAAAGCCAAAAAGAUGAUUUAAAGAUAAAUGGACAAUCAAGUGAUAAUGUAAACAAAGAAAAGAAGGAAAAGAAAGAUGAAAAUCCUAUAACAGACGAAGAGAAAAUGGAAGAAACAAAGAUAGAUAAUAAUCAACAACAAAAUGAAAAUAAAGAAAAUUCUUCGGGAAAAACAGAAAAUGACAAAGAAAGUGUAAACGAAAAUGUAGAAAAGUUAGAAAGUACAAAUAAACAAGAAACUAAAACAGAAGAUAAAGAAACAAAAGAGAGUAAAGAAAAUGUUCAAGAACCAACAUCUUCAAAAUCGGAUAUUCUAAAAACUUCGGAGAAAGAGUCCAAUAGCACAAUAGAAAAUGCUCAAUUACAAACACAAUCAAACACAGAUGCCCCAACCAACGAUAAUGAAAAUUCCAAUAGUUCAAAUGAAAACAUUAAACCAAAACCACCACAACCCACAACAGCUCCCAAAACUCCACCAAAAGAAUCUCCCAAAAAAGAAAAUGAUAAGACUGACGAAGAUGAAAAUAAUAAUACUAACAAAUUGAGCAAUGAACUAGCAACAAUCACAGAAGCAACAACAAAUGGAACCGAAGAUUCUACUAAACCCAGUACAGCAGAUGGCAUAAUCGAUGAACAAUUCAAGGAACUUAACAAAUCUCUAGAAGAAUACAAAAAAUCUGAAGAAACUUUCUUGGAAGAGAAAGAAAAAGAUAUCGGUGAUAAGUUGGAAGAAAUGAAAGACAAUCUUAAGGAAAAUGUUAAAGAUAUGGCAGGCAAGGUAAUGAGUGUAUUUUCAACGACAAGCCCCACAAAAGAUGAGAAGGAAAAAUUGCAAAAUGAAUCUAACGAUGUUGUCGUCCACACUGAAAGUCCUCAAAAAGAAACAUCCAACAAAAAGGUAGUAAAAGAUGGCGAGAGUAGUGAUGAAGAUGAGGUACAAUUUGGCACUCUCGAACCCGAAGUAGAAGCAGAAAACGAAGAAGAAACUAAAGAGAACAAUGAAGCUGACAACGAAACACAAGAUCAGGGAGAAACUGAAAAUGAACCAGAAGCUGAAGCUGAAACUGAGCCAGAGCCCGAGCCAGAACACGAGCCAGAGCCAGCCGAGGCAAAUGUUGAGGAAACAGAUAUUAAGAAUAAUGAAGAAAAUCUUGACGAAGAGGAACUAGAUGGUGAAGGUUCUCCCACCUCCUCACUGGCCAUAGAGGGUUUCGUGCAAGGCGAUGCCGAAGAUAAUACAGUUCAGUCACAAACAGCUGCUUAUGUUCAUGACGAUGAAGAUACACGCAUUCAAAGUAUUAUUGCAUCCGGUGAUAUGGAACAGUUGGCACAAAUUGUUUUAAAUGGUGAUGGCCAGAAGUUGUUAAAUGUGGAAGCAGCGGAACCGGAAAUACAAGCAUUUCUAAAAAAUGUACCCAAUUAUAUGAAUAAAAUACGUCGUGUACAUGAAGCUUCACGUAAUGGUAGCCUUUUAAAUCUGCAGCAGGCCUUAGAUCGUAGAAAGUUUGCCAUUGCCAAAGAUGAAAUCUCACCAAAUGGUGCCACUCCUUUACAUGUGGCCGUCUUAUUUGGUAAUAGUGAUAUUGUACGCUAUUUGUCUGCCCGCUUUCCCGAAACUACAACAAUAACCGAUAAUGAUGGUCGCACCGCUUUACAUUAUGCCUCGGUUAUUAAUGAUAAUGGUCAUUUCUAUAAUGUUCUCCUACAAUUGGGUGCUAAUCCCAAAAUCGUUGAUAAGAUGGGUCACACACCUGAAGACUAUUUAGGUAAAGAAGAACUCAAGGAUAUUUUAAGCUAUCAACAGCUAUUAAAACGUUUUGGUGCCGAAGAGUUGGAGGAAAAACUUUUAAGUGACCAAGUACCCGAUGAUCUGCACAGUUCACGCAGGCUGAUAACCGAUAACGAUGUAGCACGUACUUUGGAUCGAUGUUUUAGUGUUAUACAAGAGUCAAGUAAAACCUGGAGUGGUCAAACGGCCUCGGCAUUGGCUCAAAGAAAACCUCUAACGGCCACUAGUUCCAUACAAUUAGCGGUGACAAGUUAUUUGAGCCGUUUCCUUAAGCCCUCGGUUUAUGAAAAGAUUAAAAAGCGUCAAACCCGACUGGAUCAUAAUCUCUUCGAUGUCAUCUGGCCUGCCCUGAGAAAAACUAGCAAGGAACGUAAUUUGGAAGAGGAUAUUAAUUGUGGCAUUAUAGCACCUGAUUUUGAUGUAUAUGUGGUAUUUCAAGAGUUUUUGGUGCCCCUGAUCAAAGACAUGCACUGUAUGAGUAUUAGUGCAGAUUUCAAACCUCAUCCUCGUAUCGCAUACUUUCCCAUGGAAAAUGCUGAACGUCUUAAUACGGCCUAUUUUGUAUUUGAUGAUGAGUCCAAUUUAAUAUCACGCACAAUAGUGGAAUGUUCUAGAAAUUUGGAAAGAUAUGAAUUACCACUGAAUCUGACAAUAGGUCAAAUUGAACAGGCCGAACGUUUAAUGAUGGGUAAAAUCUUUAGCUCAGCUUUUAUAGAAGCCAUAGAUGAGGCUGAACCGGGCAGUUAUUAUACUUUAACGGAAAUAUUGGAGAAUAACUCGGAAAUUUAUGAAAUGUUAAAUGAAUAUGGGCUCUUAAUACCUCUGCUAAACUUAAAAGAUUGUACUCAAUUGGCUGAGUCCACGGCAUUUAAUGGCAGUCUAUGGCCCUAUGGUCGUGGGGUUUAUAUCAGUUCCUCAAAUAAUUUGGCUUUGUGGUUAAAUUGUCAAGAACACUUACGUAUCAUAGGUACAUCUACCAUGAAAGAUGGAGCCGAUAUAGGAGCGGUUUAUACACGUGUUGGCAGGGCCAUUUCAUUCUUAGAACAGCAAAUACACUUUAAAGAAAGCUACUUACUAGGUUAUCUACAGGCAAGACCCUCAUACUUGGGUACUGGUCUAAAAAUGACCACCAUUCUACGUUUGCCCAAUCUCAUGAAAGAAAUGGACAAUUUACGACAUCUUUGUUCGGUACGGGGCUUGUAUUUGACCACUAAUCUAAACUCGAAAAUUAGUGUACGUUUGAUAAACAUGCAAUCGAUGGGUGCUUUUGAGCAUGUACUCUUCCAGGACUACUGUACAGCUGUAACGAAUAUUAUAUCGCUGGAAAAGGAUAUGUCGCUGACGAAUUCCAAGCACAUCGCUUCAAUGUUGGUUAAGAUAUUUCGUCGUAAGAAAACUAGUAUAGUGGAUCGCGACUAAAAAAAAACAUUAUCUGCCUAAAUUGCUAGCGCUCUAAUUUCUUUAAUAGUAAUAAUGAAAAAGAGAACAAUAAUACCCAUCCACAUCUAAACACCUCAACUUGUAUAUACAAAAUCCCGUUAUGCAUUUUAAUUAAUUUAAACUUGUAUAUAAAAAUAACAAUCAACUUCACCUUUAAUUCUUCUAAACUGUAUUAUACAAAAAAAAAAAAAAUCAUUUCAAAAAAAGUUUCACUUAUAUUUACCAUGCUUGUGCUGAUUGUCCAAUAUUGGGGUUCGUCAAAUUGAAAAUCAAAGUUGUCAAGAAAAUCCCAUUUUUAAAACCGAACAAGGCAAAUAUUUAGCGGAU